GAGCAGCCGUUAAGCUUGUGAGGGAGUGCAGUUGGGACUAGGCCUCACCGCCUGCCUCGAUUAUGUCGCAGCCCCCGCCGUUUCCCUCCGGCUUCGGGGGACCUCCUCCGCCCCGCUGCUUCCCACCCGUGGGGCCCCCUCCGCCGGGCCCUUUCCGCGGCGGGCCGCCGCCGCCUUCGCAGGCGUUCUUCCCUUCGCCGUUCCCGCCCGGCGGUCGCAGCAGCGGCGGAGCAGGGCCCCCGGGGCCUUCCCUCGGCUACCCGCCGCUCCAUCCUCCCUUCCCGCCUUGUCCUCCGUGGCAGCGGCUGCCUGAGUGGAGGCCGGAGGCGGUGUCGCCCGGGGAGAAGCCUAGGUUUCCGCUUGGGCCGGAGGCGGCGUUGCUGCCGCCCGGCGGCUCAGCGAGAGAGGAGGCCGGCGGCGGCGGCGAGGAGGAGGCGGAACGGUGGCUGAGCCGCUUCCUGGCCCGCCCUCGCGCCCAGGCCCCGGCGGCGACCCCCGGAGGCCCGAGCCCCACCGAAGCCCGGCGGGUGGCCACGGAGGCGCUGCGGCGGGUGGCCGAGGUGGCGGCGCUGUGCCGGGCUUGGCGGCGGCGGAGCGAGGCGGGAGAAGAAGGAGAAGCGGAGGAGGAGGAGAAGGCGGCGGCGGAGAGGCGGCUGGCCGAGCUGCGGGAACUGGUGCGGCCGCUGCGGGAGCCGGGCUGCCUGGCCGCGCUGCGCCGCAAGGCCGAGAAGAGCCGCAAGAAGCGCCUGCGGCGGAAGCGGGGCAGGCAGGAGUGCCGCGCGGCCAGAGAGGAGGCGGCGGCCCGGGCGGCGGAGCGGGAGGCGCUGAUCGACCGCUGGAGGGCCCGGCGCGCCCAGGAGGUGGAGGAGAAGCACCGGGAGCAGGAACUUAAAGCUGCAGCAGAUAGCGUGUUGUCUGAAGUAAGGAAAAAGCAGGCAGACACAAAGCGGGUGGCAGAAAUCCUGCGUGGCUUGGAAAAACUGAGGAAACUCAGAAAAGAAGCAGCAGGGAGAAAAGGUGUCUGCCCACCCCCUGAAGCGGAUGAAGCCUUUGAAAAUGAAAUCCAGAGCUUAAGAGAAUUGAUUAAACAGCGCACUGAAGUCUAUGAAGCCGAAGAACGAGCUCUGCGAGUGAUGCUUGAAGGAGAACAGGAGGAGGAAAGAAAAAGAGAAAUGGAGAAGAAACAAAAGAAAGAGAAGGAGAAACUCCUGCAGCAGAAGCGGGAGAUGGAUUGCAAGCUGUUUGGGGAUCCAGAGGAAUUUCCCCGUUACCACCUUUUGGAGCCAUUCAGACAGUAUUAUUUACAAGCUGAAUAUUCAGUGCCUGCUCUCAUCCAGAUAAGGCACGAAUGGGAUCGGUUCCUGGUGCCAGCAGAUCACCCAGAAGGAAGUUUCAUCCCACCAGGAUGGGUCCUCCCAAGUCUGCCUUCCAGUGACAUCUGGGGCACAGCUGUAGGAUAAUGCCUCAAAGUCCUAACAAAGCCCCAGAGGAUGGGAGCUCUCAUGAGCCAUAAAGUACAUUUCACAAACGCCUUGGUUUUAAAGCACCUCUUCAUAUUUACAUUAUGAACUACAGAGACACAAGCCAGACAACAAGUAUUACCCCUAACUGCACUGAUAGUCCCAGUGCUGGAGAGUUCUGUUGCACAUCUUAUUUUUAAGAAAAGUUUGGUUUUGAAGGAAUUAGGAAUGCAUUGUAAAUUAACUGCUGCUGUGGGGCAGUUGUGCACUUUAAAGCACAGAAGUCUGCCCUCCGCGUUUUUUGAAUUAAAAAAUGCUGCUUCCUAUUUUAAGGAAGAGACUAGCUUAUUGCAAAGUUAGCAGUUAAAUUCUGCGUGGAGAUAACAAAUUAGUCACAGGGUUGGUGUUGCUGCAAACCUUAAGUUAAGAGCUUAUGCUAUUAACUGCAUCCUGCGGAGGCCAGAUACAGUCCUGAGUCUGCGUAGCAAAUACAGCUGUUACGUAUUAUUGCACGUGUUUCUAAUAAUACGGUAUUUCCUGGGAAAUCGGUGUUUCUAAUCCAAAAGCGGUCUCAUCAAAUGAGCCCUUUAGAGCUGCAGCCAGUUUCUCAAGUUACUGCCGUGUUUCUGGUCUUUGAUUUUAAAAGCGUCUUCAUGGUUAUUCUGGCCUUAUAUGCAGUGAGCUAAGUGAAUUGGCAGAUGUGAGUAUCGAUCGUCUCUUUGCAAGUUUGGCUUUAGAAAUUUGAAAACACUUUGGUGGGGCAAAAUUAAGAGAAUUACAGGCAGCAUUGCCAUUGUCCUGGGGCAUGUCACACCUUGAUUUAUCAUUUGUACCAGGAAAGAUCUAUGUAAUCAGGGAAGUCCUCCUUUUCUGCUAUCUUAAAUUAGAAAAACUAUACCAGUUGUCCAGUUAAUAGGACCUUUUAGGAAAUGAACAAUUGUUGUUAAAUGUCUUGCACAGCCCUCUAAAAUAAAUGUAGCAGCAGGUUCUCCACAGAUACGGGAAUUUCUACACUGGAGGUUAUUGUGGUUUUGGCAAAACAGCAGCAGCCAUUCUGAUGGAUCAGCAUAUAAGUAUGAAAGACGUGGGAUUUCUCCAUUGCCCUGGGAGUGGGACUGUUGAAGCAAUGUCGUAUCUGUCCGAUAAGCUGCAUGAUUGUCAAAUAAUUCUGUGCUUUUGCUGAGUGGGGUGAUAAAUCAUUAGUAAACGUAUACUAAUUUCAUGUUUUCAUUAUAUGAAAUGUUUGAUCAAUCUUUACGCUGUAAAGGCCUUAAAAUAUUACUUGCCACCUGUGUUCCUGUGAGAACAGAUAAAUAUUUGUAGCAUAAGCCACUGAUAAGCUUUACAUGUCAGAUGAAGAAAACUGUAAACCUGUCUUGACUGUAACUGUGUGUGGCAGGGUCAUGCAUAGUUGAAUGUCCUGGUCCAAAACCUAGCCUUAGUUUAAUACCUGAACAUAAUCCAAACACAGCAAGUUAGGACCCUAAGGCAAGGUGGUAAAUUGCCAGAAUCAGUCGCAAUGCUAUUUUAAUAAACUCUGGACAUUA